CGAGCAGAUGGCGGCAGAUUUCAGUCUGACUGCGAAUCCUCGUCUGGAACAGUGGACGGAGAGGCGGCGUGCAGCAGAAGAAGAUGUUUGUCCUCUGGAGUUUAAAUGUUUAAGGACGGAUGGAGGAACGGAUGUCUUCAGGACGGGACGGAGGUCCGAGACAGCACCCACACCUGGAACAGAACGUCCCAGUGAGAACAGACAGCAGGAGGACAUGACUCCUGUCUCAGCAGUCUCAGGUGAGGGGACUGUCACCAGGGAGACCAAUGAGUCCAGCGACGAUGAGCUUGGUCGACUGGACAUCGACCUGGACAGGAAAUCCAAAGAGCUCAACCUGACGUCCAGCAACGUGCGAGCCAUCCUGCACGAGGUGAUUACCCAUGAGCGUGUGGUGGCGAUGAUGAAGACAGCAAUCAGAGACACUCAGGAUCUGCCCAUGUUUGAGCCGAAAAUGACUCGUUCCAGACUGAAACAAGCCAUCCAGCAGGGACAGCCACUAAACUGGAGUCUGUCAGGAGUGCACUUAGUCAAGCCUCCUCAGUUUGUUGACAUUGAUCUUGAGGAGGAUGAAGAUUCAUCUGAUGAAGAGUACUGUCCUGAUGAAGACGAGGAGGAAGACACGGCUGAGGAGAGCUUCCUCAGUGAUGGAGACAGCUUGACUUCCCCUCCUAGAAUGCAUCAGGGCUCACAAUUCAAACCUCCAGAAGACCGGAGGGCUGAAGAACCCCCACAGCAGCUGCUCUCUCCUCCGGCUGAAUCCUCUUUCAUGGAGAGACUGAAUGCUGUAGAGGAGGAGCUGGACUGCAGCCCCACCUACACCUACGACCAGUCUCUGGACAGAAAACCUGAUGCUGAUGAUGAUGGUGGUGGUGGUGGUGAUGAAGGUUCCAACUGUUUAGCGUACCGCACACGCUCCAAGCUCCGUCUGGUUAACAUCCCUCUGGGUCAGCUGGAGGCGGAGCUUCUUGCCCCUGACAUCACAGCGGACAUGUAUGAUCAGAACCACGCCCAGCGGAAGGAGGAUCGUCAUUGGACGAGGUGGCUGCAGGGUCUCAUGGCGCCUGAUUGCGAAGACGAAGCUGAUGACGACGAUGACCCCGAGUACAACUUUGUGGAUGAUCUGGAUGAACCGGACAUGGAGGACUACCGGACAGACCGGGGCGUGCAGAUCACGAAGAAGGAAGUGAAUGAGCUGCUGGAGGAACUCUUUGAUACACUCAAGGACGAGGAGGUGGCAGCUGAGGAGGAGGAGCAGGAAGGAGAGGAGACUGGACAAAAAUUCAAUGUCCCCCAGGCUUUACGUUUUGAGGCGCCGUUAGCUGGCAUGUUGACGGAGCGACGGCAGACGGUCAGGAAACAGUACGAAGCUCUGCAGCAGCGGAGAGCCCUGCAAGACACAACUAACCAGCCCCGUAACAACGGCUACGCCAAGGACACACCCUGUCCACCACCCGACACCGCUGCAUCCGUCUUAGUGCUGCCAAGCUGGAUGUGCCCUGCCCUCCACGUGGACUACGCCCAGAGACUGCAGCUACAGCAGCAGGUGCAACAGCAUGUGCAGCUACUGGCUCAGGUUCACCUGCUGAGUCGCCGUGUUGAUGCCCUAAACCACGAAGCCUCCAUCACCAAACACUACCUAGAUGAGCUACAGCAGUUUGCUCAUCGCCGAGAGAAGGAUGGUCUCCGCAGCAGCUUCAGAGUGUGUAACCUGCAGGGGGCACUGGAUCUCCUGCAGGAGGUGGAGCAGAGGGAGGCGCUUCCACCUGCUCUUCCUGCACCUGCAGCCUCCAGACGUUGGCUACCGAGGAUGACUCCUGCAACCAACAGCCACGCUUUCCCCCUGCUGCCUGCUGACACUGCCUGGCUGUUCGCCACCCGAUCUGUCUUUCUCUACUCAGAACUGCUCCCUAUCUGCAGCCUGGACCCUGCCGUCCACAGCAGAAACCACAGGAGUGUUUACACUGCCGGAGAGGACGGGCUGAUUGUUCUGGGCCUGAAGCACUUCGAGGGGACACUUCAUGCAGAUCAGCUGAUCAGCUCGUACCUGCUCUGUAAGAGUCGAUGGAACUUCAGGAAACACGUCAGAGAGAUUAGCAGUUCGAGAACAACACGCAACAACGUCAUCAAGACUUUCCUGAUGCAGGGGGUCGUCCCUCCUCUUCCACUUGCCUGCAGCAGAGUUCAGCCAGAAGACCAACGCCCCCCAGUGGACAGAAAUACCUCCAACAUGCCAAACUGGCUCAAGAACAGUCAGCAGAUCAUCCAGAAGACCCGGCUGGACUCCACCUCCUACCCCCCCUCCCUCCCCCCAGGUUGCGCUCUCAGGCUCCACCCCUAUUGGCUCAACAAGUCAUCCCGCCCACCUCCUCGUCAACACAGACGCCUCUUCACUCUGGCCCACAAUGCAUCUCUGUUGCCCCUCGCUAAAGCCCUGACUGACAGACAGGUAGACGUGCAGCCAGUUAGCUACCUGUCUCUUCCUUCUCCAGGUGUUUCGUUGCUCUCUGACCCCCCUGCUGUGUCAGGAGCCCUACCAAUGGCUCCAUCUCCUGUCAGUGGGGCCGUCCCAUUGGCUACUGUUCAUCCAGUCCCCUCCCACCCCACACGCACUGACGUUAUCCAGUCUUGCCUUCCUGUUGGCCAAAAUAUGCAGCAAAAGGUUUCUGAACAAGAACGCCCCUCCCCCCUCCCAUUCCUCCUCCCCUUGUCCUCCCUGUCCAGCCAUAACACUACAAAUCCCAUAAUACCUUGCUCAGACACAGUUGUGAAGCCCAGCUACUUUCUGCUCCAGAUGAUGUGGGCGCCACCACCUCCCCCCUCCACCACCUCCCAGCCUGCUCCUGGGAAUCAGCAGCCUCUUGCUCCAAUGAAAGAAGUGCACGACACAGUCUCAAAGUCACGACCCUCACCUGAGCAGGUGCGGCAGGUGGAGGAGGGGAAGGAGAAGCAGACUGUUCUUCAUAUCAGUUUGAAUGGAGGAGAAAACAGUGAUAGGGAGGACGGAGGAGAAGAUAGGGAGGAUGGAGGAGACAGGGAGGAUGAUGGAGACAAGGACAGGGAUGAAGAUCAGGACCGGCAGGGUGAGGAGGAGGAGGACUUUGAUGACCUUACACAGGAUGAAGAUGAGGAGGAAGUGAUGUCAUCAGCCUCAGAGGAGUCGGUGCUGUCCGUUCCUGAGUUACAGGAAACCAUGAAGCAGCUGACGUGGCUAGCAGCGGAGCGGCGGCUCUGUGCAGACGGAGACUCGGAGGAGGAUCACUCUCCGACGUCUCCUGGUUCUCAGGAGGAGGAGGAGGAGGAAGAAGAGGAGGGACCGAAGGGAGAGGAGUCAGUGGAGGGGCGGAGUAGUAAGGUGGGCUUAGACGAGGAGACGCCAUCAGGAGAGAGGACGCCCAGAGGAGGAGGGAGAUGUUCUGGACGAGGACGAGGUCGAAGCCGACCUCAUCGUGGUUUGAAGAGGAGCCGUCAGGAGCGUCACAGUAAAGACGCCACUAAACUGUUGCUGCUGUACGAUGAAAACAUCUUGGACAACGACCCGCACAGAGAGAGCAAAGAUGUGGCGUUUGCCCAGAGUUACCUCAACAGGGUGCGUGACGCGCUGCAGGACGUACCUGGUCAGAUGGAGGAGUUUGUGUCUCUGCUAAAUGAGUUUGAGCAGGUGGGAGAAGGAGAGGAACUGCUGCUGCUGUACCGGAAGCUGCGCUGCAUCCUGGGGAACCGGAUGGACCUCCUCCGAGACUUUGCUGCAUUCCUGCAUCCAGAGCAGGCCCUGCAGUGUGGACUGUUUGAGGAGCAGCAGGCGUUUGAACGCAGCCGCCGUUUCCUGCGACAGCUAGAGAUCAGUUUUGGAGAUAAUCCGUCACAUUACCAGAAGAUUAUCAAAGCUCUGCAGACCGGUCCAGACCUGAGUCCAACCAGUAUCCACGAGUUGAAAGCUCAGAUGGCCACGCUGCUGAAAGGCCACACCCAUCUUCAAGCUGAAUUCUGGGUAUUUUUUGAUGAGCUCCGCCCACCUCCAGCCCGCCCUGGACAGUUUGAAGAAGCCCAUUGGCCAGAGGAUGGAGGGGGUGGAUCAGACGGUGGAGAAGGGGUUGGCCAGGUAUCAGGAGGCGGGGUCUGUAGCGGCUUUGAGGAAGUGACACUGCCAGAGCUUGAAGAGGAAGAAGAGGGUCUUAAGAUCCAACCAAUGACAAACCGGCGCCAGAGGAGGAAGAUGGACGCACACAGAAACUACAAGGACUGUGAUUGGUCAGAUAAACACUGGUCCUGCCUCUGUCCCGAUGCGAAGAUCCGCCGACACAGGAGGAAAGAAUGUUCCCGCUGCCAUGGCAACAAGACCUCAGGGGGAGUGUCCAGGGCCAUGAAGAGUCUGGACCCUCUCUACUCUCAGAUAAGCACUGCCCAUGACGAACCAGGUGACAAAGACCUGGACCUGAAGGGGGGUGAUGACAGUCCACAGCCAGAUCAAAGUGGUGCAUCGUGGGAAGGCCCAUUCCCUCUGACUGAUGAGAAGGAGGAGGAGGAGGAGGAGCUGGACGAUGAAGAGGGUGAUGAAGAAGAGGAGGAGAGGAAGACCAGUGAGAAGGAGCAGGGUCUGACAGGAAAGAGGAGCAGGAGAGAGGAGGCGCGACAGCCCCCAUCCAUCACCUCAUCCGUUACAUCCACCUCCUCUGUCUUCACCUCUGCAUUAGUUAGCUCCUCCUUGUCUCCCUCUGCCUGCACCUCCUCCAUCACCUCCUCCUCCGUUUCUUCUGUUUCUCCUUCUGCCUGCACCUCUUCCAUCACCUCCUCCACUGUCACCUCCGCCUCCGUUUCUUCUGUUUCUUCCUCUGUCUGUACCUCCUCCAGCCUCGGUUCUUGCUCCUCUGCUCCUCCUCGGCCCAGUCCUCCUCCUGACCUCCCUGUCUGUGCCAAGAACAUUUCUCUGACGGCGAGUGGAGAGAAAGUGAUCCUGUGGACCAGAGAAGCUGAUCGUGUCAUCUUGACAACAUGUCAGCAGGAGGGGGCCAAUCAGGACACUUUUCAGGCCAUCUCCAGCCUCCUUGGCAACAAGACGCCUAGUGAGGUGUCUCGCAGGUUUCGGGAUUUGAUGCGUUUGUUUCGGACAGCAGCUCGUCAGACCAGCUCUGAAGAUGAAGCUCCGCCCACCGAAGCAGCAUCAGCCAAUGAGACAGAAGACUGAUAUUCACUAAGAUGAAGACACUAAUGUCACCCAAUGAGAAGAGCUUCAGAUCAGGAGCAGAAAAUGUUGUUUGAUAUUUUGACGAUUUUUAUUGUAAAAGACGUUUUAGGUCACAGCUGUUUAUUGUUCAUAUGAAAAACAAAAUGUAAAUACGAGCGUUCAGAUUAUUUAAUGUCUUUGUAAAGAUGUGACAUUUUUUUAAACAUUAAAUCAGUUUUUCAUCACUCA